AUGUCCCAACACGUACUCCUCCUGGGUGCCACCGGCCAGACAGGCAAUUCUAUCCUUAAUGGACUCCUUGAGCACGGCGAAUAUGAAGUCGCUGCGUUGGUUCGUCCUUCGUCAGCUGGAACACCGAAAGUGAAGGCUGUGGCCGAACGGGAUGUGAAGAUCAUCGCUGCCGAUAUCACCGGCCCGGUGGAUGAUCUAGCUAGCAUCCUCCGUGACUUCGAUGUUGUGAUUAGUGCCAUCGAUGCCUUGAGCAUGCACGCUCAGGAGAAUCUAGUCACCGCUGCGAAGCAGGCCGGCGUGAAGCGGUUUGUGCCGUGCGCAUUUAUCACUGUGUGUCCGCCGGGUGGAAAGUCGCUAACAGCUAUACCACAGAAAGAAGCGAUAUACCAACAUAUCCGCAAGCUUCACCUCCCCUACACCAUCAUCGACGUCGGAUUCUGGCACCAGGUCUCCUUUCCAACUGUUCCAUCCGGCCGCGUAGACUACGCCUCCAUGUAUGCGCCCAACACAACCAUCCACGCAGGCGGCAACGCACCAAACCUCCUCACCGACCUUCGUGACAUAGGCCCCUUCGUCGCGCGCAUUAUCGCCGACCCCCGCACCCUCAAUCGAUCAGUCUACACAUGGUCCGACGUGCUGACUCAGAACGAGAUUUUUGACAUGAUGGAGGAGAUGAGCGGCGAAAAGAUAGAACGCACUUACAUGUCCGCUGAGACAAUUGAAACGGCCAUUGCGACCUUUAAAGAGACUCUCGAGAAGGAACCAGAAAAUAUACCCGCCCGUCUUGCGCUGACCAUGUUUCAAUAUUUCCUCAGUAAAGCUAUCCGGGGUGAUAACCGGCCGGAGUAUGCGAAGUAUUUGGGUUACUUGGAUGCCAGGGAGUUGUAUCCGGAUUUUGAACCGAGGAGCUUCAGGAGCUACUUGAAAGAGGUCCUCGAUGGCAAGGCAGAGAAGGUGUAUAAGGAUAACGAGGGUAUUGAGCAGUUGAAGAAAUGGUUCUUUGAGUCAGGUUUGCCGCUUUAG